GAAUUCGAUAAAGGCCACCAAACUCUGCCAAAUUUGAAAAAGCUUCACGCGAGUGCAACCAGCACUGCUCUUGCAGAACUAGAGAAACUCCACGACAACUGUGAACAACACCCAGAAGCUCUGAAGCAGCACCGUAUGCAGCUACUGAAUCACGUGGAAAAUGCAUUCGAGGCCAGACGGAGGAAAGUGGAACAAACUCUGUGGGAGAAUAAACAGAAAAAGACAACGGAGUGGGAAAAACUGGAGGAAAUCGGUGCACUUAUACGUCAG